UAAGCCAACCUGUCCUCUCCCUUUUGCAUAUCCUGAUUUGGACAUGUACAUAGUUGCUCAGGCCAUUGGGACGCCAAUAGCGUGGCCUAAGGAUUUUGUCAUUAUAUCUGAAGAUGUAACUCAUGAGACUCCCUCUACAAGUAGGACCAAAUCACAACGACCAAGAGCUCCAUCAACACAACAACCUCGAGAAAGAAGACGACAACAAACUCCUCCAACACAAUUGGCCCACACUCCAUUGGAACGAUUACAGAAUAUCGUAUCUCAUUGGGAUGAUGGCGAGUGUGUCAAUCUAGGCAUAGAGUCUGAAGUUUUUGAUCAGGAUAUGUCUCACUGUUAUAUAUUUAAGGAUGACAUACUUCAGUUUGCUCGAAAGGAGAAGAUUGGACAAGCAGUACUCGUCAGCUACAUGAGGUAUAUAUCUCACAAAUAAGUUUGUUCAUUUAAUUUUCUAAUUUGAUUUAUUCAUUCAUAUAAUAAUUUUUCAUAUUUUUGUAUUAGGUUCAUUUACAGAUAUGUGGUACAACAA